AUGACUCUCAUUAACGGUAAAGCCAUCAGCACGGAACUUCGUCAGAGUAUCAAAGAUGAAAUUUUUGAGAUCAAAAAGUCCCAUCCGGAUUUCCUUCCUAAAUUAGUCAUCGUUCAGGUUGGUGAGAGACCUGAUUCUUCCACUUAUGUGAGAAUGAAGUUGAAAUCAUGUAAAGAGGUUGGAAUUGAAGGUGAACUUCUUAAGUUUAACUCUGAAGUCGGUCAAGAUGAACUUGUUGAGAAACUUCAUCAAUUAAACGAUGAUACCUCCGUUCAUGGAAUACUUGUUCAACUACCUUUACCUGGACAUAUCGACGAAGAGUUGAUCACCAAUUCUGUCAAACAGUCCAAAGACGUUGAUGGGUUCUCUCAAUUGAAUAUGGCUGCCAUUUUCAAGCGCAGUGCUGUUCCUUUGCAGAUCCCUUGCACUCCAAAGGGUAUACUGUUCAUGUUGGACCAUGAAAAAGUUCAAAUUCAAGGUAGAACCGUCGUUGUCUGUGGUCGAUCCGACAUUGUUGGAGGUCCAAUGGCAAAAUUGUUGGAGAAAAGAGGUGCUACUGUCACUAUAAUCCACUCCAAAUCUACACCCGAACAGAAGCGUUUCUUCUUGUCUCAUGCUGACAUCAUCGUCAGCGCUGUAGGUAGAGUUAAUUUUGUUACUGCUGAUGAUGUGAGGCCUGGUGUCGUCAUCAUAGAUGUUGGUACUAAUUUUGUGCCUGAUUCCACAAAGAAGUCCGGCCAUAGAUUGGUGGGAGAUGUAGAUUUUGACUCCUGCAAAGAAAAGGCCUCUAAGAUUACCCCCGUUCCCGGCGGAGUUGGCCCUAUGACUGUGGUAAUGGUUCUACACAAUCUCAUCGAGGCAGCCAAAAGAGAAUACAGCUAUUAA